AUGGCGGCCGUGCAACGGAUGAACCGUAAAUUAUCCGAAGAACGGGCCUCCAACCUUGCAAAAGAGGCCGCUGAGUUGUCUCAAGCCGGCGACAAAGUCCAAGCAUCGAGAAAAUUGAGGGAGGCCGCUGCUCUUGGGCAUGACAAUCCAGAUGUUCAGGCCGCCUUUUUGGCCAUUCACAACGACCAGCUGAAUUCACCACUUCUAGAUUUAUGCCGGAGGUAUGCUCUCUACCACAACAGUCCCGCCGGAGAUGAAGCCGUCAAUUACUUGAAGAGUUCGGAAGCUCCCAAUGCUGCUCCUGUCGCUCUGGAUUGUCUUCAAGUUCUCCUUGAGAGCCAACAAUCAACCAUGUCUGAUGCCCAAGAUUUUAUCAUCGCCGAACUGGCCCGACAGAGCCCCGCGGUUCGUCAGUAUUUUGCCUCUGAACUCCAAGCAUCAACCACCGAGUUCUUUGACAACGUCUACGAGCGAGGUGAUGAUGCCGCAAACUGCCUUCGAUCCGUCGUUCUUGACGACAAGUUAUGGUCCUCUGAAGAUAUCAGACUGCGCGUUGAAGAUGACUUGUUUCAGCUCUUCCUCGCCAAACUGAUGGAAACCGGACACGAUCAUGAUGGCAGAGCUCUGAAAGGCAUUGCUCUUCUCCUCAUAGCAGACACUCAACGACUCCACACCUUCAUCGACGAGGAAGCAUUUGAGGCUCUCAUGGGCUCGCUGGACUUGAGAUUACCCCCUGAUGUGCGAGGCCAAGCCACCCUGGUCCUCUCUAAAUUUUUCGAAGCCGCCGAAACCACGGGCCAAGAAUUUCUCUACCAGUACAUCACCAAACACGUCGAACGCCGAAAAGGCGACGAUCUCGUCCUGGCCUUUUCCGCUGCUGCAAGCCUAUUCCCUGUUCUCCCCAACAUGCUCGCCCAGCUAUUCUUGACCGACGGCUUCCUCUCCUCCAUCAUGCCUCUUCUAGGGAGACAAUUCAGCAGUCCCCUUGUUCACGAUGCUUUUCUCAAUCUUCUCAAUGCCGCCUGCAUUGACGGGGCUUGUCGGACGGCGAUUGCACAAUACUGUGCUACUUGGCUAUCUCACAAAGUCAGCAAUGGGGCCGGAAAACAACCAUCGGUGGCGGCAACCGUCUUGGCCAAGCUGAGGACCUCAGGUGUCAAGGCCGGAGAUCAGAGAGCCAACAAGGCGGAUGAUGAUGUUAGUGAACUCGUUCAUCUUUUUAAAACUACCCUCACCGUUGAAGAAGGAAAAACCAUAUCUGACUCCAUUGAAGGCCUUGCGUACACAUCUUUGAAGCCUGAGGUCAAGGAAUCACUGGCCAAAGAUCCAGCUUUUCUCAAAUUGCUUCUCGAAGCCCUCGACACAAAUCAUGAUUCUCCCGAGGUCGUGGUGGGCGGAUUAAGUAUCAUCUCCAACUUGACUCAGUAUGCUCCGAACCUCUCAGAAGAACAGAAAAAGAUGUCUCAAUUAAAGGCGUAUGCCAAUGCCACGAAACCCGCCGACCCAAGUCCUUUAGAAAACGAUGACCACGUCCGAGCCCGUUGUUCGGCGGUUGUCGAGGCAGGAAUCGUGGCAACAUUGACCAAAUUGAACAAGGGCAGAUCUCUGGCUACAGCACAGCUAACUGAUCGGAUACUGUUGUCUCUUUCCAAGAACCCCAAAGACAGAGGCAAGAUUGCUCAACAAGGAGCCGUCAAACUUUUGGUUUCUCAUGCUCAGAGGUCGUUGCAGUCGUCUGAAGAAAAUUCGCAACCCAGCACCGACGCAGCUCACGCACUGGCCAGAAUUUUGAUUUCACUCAACCCAGCACACGUCUUUUCAGCCGGAUCGACACCGCAUAUUACAGAUGCAGUACCCCCUCUUCUCGCGCUACUAAAGGCUCCGCACAUGGGAGGACCCAAUGAUCAGCCACGCGACCUCCUUCCGGUCUUUGAGAGUUUACUUGCUCUGACCAAUCUAGCCUCUACUCCUGAUGCGGCUGUAGCAAACGGCAUUAUCAAGACAGCCUGGGACGAUGUUGAGGAGCUGUUAUUGGGACACAACAACAUGCUCCGACGGGCUGCUUGCGAAUUGAUCUGCAACCUGACCGUGACUCCCGCCGGAGCAGAAAAAUUCGCGGACGGUUCGAAACGUGCAGGCCAGAGGCUUCAUAUUCUUGUUGCCAUGGCUGAUGUUGAAGAUCUACCCACAAGGCGCGCUGCUGGUGGUGCAUUAGCCAUGUUGACAGAGCAAUACUCGUCGGUGGUUUCAGCCAUCCUUGAGCUCAAUCGUGCACUCGAGAUCCUCCUAGAACUUUGUCAAGAUAAUGAUUCUGGCGUUGUUCAUAGAGGCCUAGUGGUUGUCAGAAAUAUGUUGUGUGAAGAAGACGCCAACCUCGCCAGCAGGGCGAGAGAGGCAUUGAAACGGAACGAUGGGGUGGAGAAAUUAAAGACGGCGCUGAAAAAGACUAAAGAUCCGGCUUUGUUGCAGAUUGGGGUCGAGGCGUUGAAAGUCAUGGUCGACGCAGAAAAGAGAUAG